CCCCGCCGUGACUAACCCGGCAGGCAGCCGCUCCCGCCCACCUUCGUCAAGCGUCAGGACCACUGCCUGGAGUCUCUGGUGACCGCUGACACCCUCUCCCAGCCACCAGCGACCGCUGACAACGGCUCCCAGGUACCAGCGCCCCUGGCAACCGCUCUGAGCCACUAGAAACCCCUGCCAUCCGCCGCCACCCACCCAAGCGCCCAGGGCGCACCAUGAAGUCUGCAGUGAGCGCGCGCGGGGGCGGAUCCGGCGGCCGCGGAGGUGGCGGCUGGGGCGGCGGCUGGGGCGGAGGGAGAGGCGGCGGAGGAGGGGGCAAGGGAGCAGGAGGCAACAGCGGCGGCCAGGGAGGCAAGGGCGGCUUCGGAGCGCGGACGCGAGGCUUUGGCGGCGGCCGGGGCCGGGGGCGUGGUGGCGGAGACAGCAGGGACCGCGGGGGCGGCGGUCAGCGGCGCGGCUCUGGCAAGAGCAAGAACCGCCGCAGGAAGGGCGCCCACGUCGUGUCGGUGGAACCGCACCGGCACGAGGGCGUCUUCAUCUACCGCGGGGCGGAGGAUGCGCUGGUCACGCUGAACAUGGUGCCAGGCCAGUCGGUGUACGGUGAGCGGCGGGUCACGGUGACCGAGGGUGGCGUGAAACAGGAGUACCGCACGUGGAACCCGUUCCGCUCCAAGCUGGCCGCGGCCAUACUGGGCGGGGUCGACCAGAUUCACAUCAAGCCCAAGUCCAAAGUCCUGUACCUGGGUGCUGCCUCGGGGACCACGGUCUCCCACGUCUCCGACAUCAUCGGCCCGGAUGGCCUGGUCUACGCGGUCGAGUUUUCCCACCGCGCCGGCCGCGAUCUCGUCAAUGUGGCCAAGAAGCGAACCAACAUCAUCCCGGUCCUUGAAGAUGCCCGGCACCCACUCAAGUAUCGCAUGUUAAUUGGGAUGGUGGACGUGAUCUUUGCUGACGUGGCCCAGCCAGACCAGUCCCGCAUCGUGGCUCUGAAUGCCCACACCUUCCUGCGCAAUGGGGGCCACUUCCUCAUUUCCAUCAAAGCCAACUGCAUCGACUCCACCGCAUCUGCGGAGGCGGUGUUUGCCUCUGAAGUGAAGAAGUUGCAGCAGGAGAAUUUAAAACCUCAAGAGCAGCUGACCCUGGAGCCCUAUGAGAGGGACCAUGCUGUAGUUGUUGGGGUCUAUCGGCCCCUUCCCAAGAGUGGCAGCAAGUAGCAACCCAGCUCAGGCAAUCCCUGAGAUCUGCCAAGACUGUGCUUAGUUCGGUGUUAACUAUGUAUAUGUUUUCUUUGUGCGUUGUUUUUCUAUUAAAUAACAUAAAG